AUGAUCAUAUACAACGGGGACAAGUACGCGUGUGUGUCGUGCAUCCGUGGGCACCGGUCGAGCCAGUGCCGGCACACAGCGCGGAUGCUCGUGAAGGUGCGUACGCGCGGACGGCCGUCGCCUAUCGACAUCAGGGACUGCAUCAUGGUCGACGUGACGUCGCGGGUCGGUGGGAAGCACGGUGGUCUUGGUUGUGGCGGUGGCGUCGAGGGAUCUGGGGACUCUCUAGGAUCUGGGGACCUCGGUGGGUCUCCCUUGGGGAAUGACGACCGGCCCUGUUGCGAGCGGAUGGAAGCGCAGCCUGUCAUCUACAUUCGUGCGAAGCAGACGCAGAAGGCGAUGAUUGUCGAUGGGAAACUCCAGAUCAUCGUCAAUGGUGCCGCACAGGACGAUGUGUCGCCCUCUGAAUUGUCUGACGUCGCUUACGUCUCGGAGACGGAAUUCCUCAGACAGCACUCCGCGCCCACAAGCUCCAGCAACAUCGCAAAUACGGGGAGGCCCGGUAACAAGUGCUGCGAUCCGUACCAUAUAGUGGACGGCCCAAACCUCGCAGAGAUGCGGUCGUUCACGCACUUGCUCGACGGUAAUGGUCCCACUGACGGGUCUUCCCCACUUAGCGCACUGCAGACACCAGACAGCGUAGAAGCUGCGGUCCCCCGGGUCUUGCAAUCAGGGCAGCCCAAGCGCGAACACAGCUUCGACGAAGAACCGCUGAAGUCCGGCGGGCUCGUGGAGCACAGAGAGGACAAGAACGUCGACGUGUACACGCACCGGGGGAUAUACCUCAGCUCCGAGUGCUCCUGUGAGGACGACUCGUGCGUCUGCAUCAACUGCCUCAUACACAGGAACGAGGAGGAGCUCUCCAUGUACAUACGACAGAGCGGUGUACCAUUGACGAACUUGUCCGAACUGACCAAGACGACCAAGAUGGACGAGAUCGCCAGUUGUUCAGGGCCCGGGUGCAAGUGUUCACCAAUAGAAUGCGACUGCGCAAGGUGUGCGGUGCACCCGACAGAACUGUUCCCCUUCGAAAGGUUCUACUACAGAGGGUUGCUCAAUGUCACUCUCAAGAGGAAGACCGUCAUACAGUUCCAGGGGAAACUCGUCCCCUCGCGGUUCUGGUGGCAGUUCCUCACGGUCGAGGUGCCCGAGAUGGCGGACGACAAGAGGGACUCGCUCAACUUACACAACUGGUUCGAGAAACUGUUACACAAGCAUCACUCGGAACUCCUCAGCGCAGACUCGGACUGGUUCCUGCUUAACGACCUGGAAGGGUUCUAUGUAAUAUGA